AGACAUGCGCACCGUGGUUUGGUGUUUCUGGACGGGAUUAUCAGAAUGCAUCAUUUUGUUAGAAGAUUGUUAUUAUGAUCGGUUAUCAAAUAUGAUCACAGGUUAAAUAGAACCCAGUCAAGCAUCUAACAUCGCUACUGUCAAUUAUUGAUCCUUUUUAGUCGUACUUCCGGUUAGCCAUGGCUGUAGCGUUGGAGGAUCUGAAAUUCACUUUACAAGAGGUUCUUGACACUUUUAAGUCAUGCCUCUCUGAACACAAAGAAGUAUUCCUUGAACAAUAUGUAGCAGGGUGGCGUGGUCUCGUAAGAUUCAUGAACUGCCUGGGGAGUGUGUUUUCCUUCAUCUCCAAGGAUGCCGUCAACAAGAUCCAAAUCCUGGUCAACCAUCUGAACGGUGAGAACAGGGCCCACUACGUCACCGUCCAGUCUAUGGUCAAAUAUGAACUGGACAACCAACUGGUGGACCUGACCAAGAGAGGCAGUUUCCCAGAGUCCGGCUGCCGCACCCUCCUAAGGCUGCACCGUGCCCUACGCUGGCUGGAGCUCUUCCUGGAGAGGCUACGAACCAGCACUGAGGACAGCAAGACCACGGUCAUGUGCUCUGAGGCCUAUAAUGAGUCCCUCUCCCAACACCAUGCAUGGAUCAUCCGCAAGGCUGCCGGCACAGCGUUCUGGGCUCUCCCAGGGCGUGCUACGUUCUUUGAUGUGAUGAAUGUAGGGAGCCCAGAACAGGUGGUGGCCAUUCUAGGGGAUGCCCUGCCUCUCAUCUCUGAGGUAUACCAAGUGACAGAGGACCUCUAUGCCCAGAACAACAUACUGGAGUUGCCCUAGUAGGCUGGAAGUAC